AUGGAAGGACUGGCCCCUGAGCUCAUUCACAACACCUACCAGUUCCUGAAGCCUUCCUGGCACUAUAAUCUCGCGAGGACGUGCAGGUCCAUUUAUUCCGCCUCGGCGCACAUACUACGUCUCCACGGUGCAGCAUACAAGAACGGCCGCAUUGCUUCAGACCGCGAGCCGUCGGACAUCCUUAAGCUCUUGAAUAGUGUGUCCCACCCUACUGGCGUGGAGGCUAUCGAGGCCUGGCAUGUGCGCGAAUAUGAGGUCUGGGGGAGCAGGGUAAUCUGGGAUGAAUGGCAACAGUGGCGUGUUGAUCCAGACGGCUCCAUCUCAAUGGAGACUGGUGGUAACCCGGCGAUUGAAGCUGAUCAUAUUAAAUCCUUGGCCAAUACUUUUCUGCGAGAGUUUACAUUCACGACGCAAAGGGACCAUGACAUGGCUCGGGACUCGAUCGAAACUGGCGGUGACGGAUUUGUGAAGAUGCUCAUCAUAUCCAGCUUACCCCGCUUGACAGCGCUUCGAUUCGUCGAAAACGAACAGGACCUACAUACGAGUCUUGAGUGGAUGCGGAAGGCCGCUUCUCGCAGCCUCGCAGCCUCGAUCCCAUGGCCGAUUGGAUUCAUCUCCCUUCGGAGUGUGGCAGUCGGCGUGGUUACCCGAAAUCCCAAAGACUUCAACGGAGCAGGUGCGCGUGCACAUCAUCUAGCCAUGUUACUUCGCCUGCCGAAUAUCGAAGAGGUCUAUUUCCGGAAUCUGGAUAUGCGUUCUGAUGGUGACAUUGAAGACGUCGAUGAUGCACAGGAGCGCUUUCAAUUACCAGCUGCCUGUUCUUCCGUUAAAAGGAUCAUCCUCGAUAGAAUUAGAGACGACUCAUGGGCUUUCAGGGAAGCGCUACUCAUGGCCCCGAGCGCUCUUGAGGCUUUGGUAAUCCGUGGACAUCCAGAGACUGCGGACGAGCCAAUGGAUGGCGACAUGAUUCCCGUACAUUUAGGUGACUCCUCAUCUUGUCAUUCUCUUCGCAGAUUCCCCAUCUACAGGCCAGAUUACAUAAACGGUCGCGACAGCAGGUCGUAUGAGCCUGGACUCUUACAGGGGCUAGACAACCUCGGCCUAGUAAGUUUAUGCAUUCAGGACAUUAUUAAUGAGGCCCUUGGAGAGGCCAGGAAUAAGCAAUCGGAUGAGGAGGGAAUCAAUGUGUCUGAAGAUAUAGAGGAGAUGGAAAAUGAUGGUAUUUCACUUCCGCACUGCACCAACGAUGAUUUCAUCAAUCAUGACGAGCUAGUUGACGCUUUCGUUCGGCUGCUCCCAGCUUCUCUAGAAGUCCUCGUGCUCUGGGGACAAGAAACAUACGAAGAUGGUGAUCAAUGGUUUAGAAGAGGUGAGUAUGAGGAAUACGAGACGAUCGACGACGCCAUUGUUGCAAUGAUGAGAUCCGGCCGUUUCGAAAAGCUGAAAGCCGUCUAUCUCAACCCGAUCGAGGAAGACGGAUCUACGCCACGAGAAGAAGUGUUGUUUCAGAAGGCAAUGGAGGAGGGGCGAAACCGGGGGGUCCAGAUCCAGACUGUCGCCAACCGCCCAAAGCAGGACCAUAUGCUUGAGUUUGUGGCUAUUCCUGAUAAGCAUGACAUGAGAACGGGAUUACUGGGAGAAAGGGACCCAUCCUGGAUUGUACAUCCUUUCACGGGUGAAUGGACAUCCCCAGGAUGCCGUGGUUGCGGUGACUGUCAGAUUUGUUUGACGCACUAUACACGGCCGGCAUGGGAAAGCUUUCAUAAUCGGCGUGGCUGA